AUGGCGACAGCCUACCCUGAUCCUGCCCGCAACGAGUCGGCGAAGAUCACGGUGCGAGUGGCCUUCUUCUUAGCCAUACGGUCGCUUGAGAGAUCACGAGCUCAGCGGCUUCUCUGGCUGCUCGAAGAAUGCCGAAUCCCCUACGAAAUCAAGGCCUACAAGCGGGUCGACCACAAGGCACCCCCUGAGAUGAAGCAAGUGCAUCCGCUCGGAAAAGCGCCUGUUCUCACCAUCGAGGAGCCUGGGAAAUUGGACCGCCUCGCGAUGGCAGAGUCUGGCACGGUCUUUGAAUACCUCGUCGACUAUUAUGCUCCUCAUCUUGCCCCGAAGCGAUUCCAGGAUGGAAGGGAAGGCAAUAUCUGCGGCGAAACACGAAGUUGGCUUCGGUACCGCUACUACAUGCACUACACCGAAGGCAGCCUUAUGUCGCUGUUGAUGCGCAUUCAUGUGCUUGGUGAGAUAAAAAGUGACGAUAGUACAGUGGAGUCGACGCGGAAACACGAAUUGCGCGAGGUGCAAACGUAUUUGACCUUUCUGGAGUCCCAAAUCAACUCAGCGCCUCAGGGCGGACCGUAUCUUUGUGGCAACGGCUUGACAGCGGCGGAUAUCAUGAUUUCACUCCCAUUGUUGGUGUUGCAGAGUACCGUGGGCCUCAACGAGUACCCAGGGCUUGGAGCCUAUGUCGAGCGUCUGACAGGUAGACCUGGGUAUAAGGCGUCUAUUAAGAGAGCAGAGACUGCCAGUGGCGAGAAGUAUGCCCUGAUAUGA